AUGGCUCCCUCAUUCGUUAAGCUGGCAGCUGUGGCUCUCACGUACUCUGCUGCCGCUCAGGCUGUGAAGACGUAUCAAGUGUACGACUCGUAUGAUUAUACAAACUUCUUUGACAAGUUCAACUUUUACGUCUCUGACUACGAUACGGACGACUAUUACAAUGUUGAUCCCACCCACGGAUUUGUCAACUAUAGGAGUCGGUCGGAUGCCGAGAGGCUUGGGCUCAUCGCAACUCAGGGUACAGAGAUGUAUCUCGGAGUUAACCAUGCCGAUGCUUUCCCUUACCCCGGAAAAGGUCGUGAUAGUGUUCGGAUAGAGAGUAAGGCAGUUUACACCAAGGGUCUUAUUGUUGCUUCCUUCAGCCAUCUUCCCGAACAGUCUUGUGGAACAUGGCCCGCGUUCUGGAUGUUCGGCGACCCGUGGUUGAAGUCUGGUGAAAUUGAUCUCUACGAGGGAUACAAUCUCGCCAAUCGCAAUGAAUUCGCGAUGCAUGUUAACGAGACCAUCGCUGGUUCUUGCCAACUGACACAACUCGGAACUGCGGGUAUCGUUGACACAUACGAUUGCAACAACGAUCUAUACAACCCACCCUACCAGUACGUAGGCACAGGCUGCACCGCCGAGGAGACUUCAGGAACCUGGGCCUCUGCGUCCGGUGCAACAUAUGCCAUGGAGUGGACCGACGACUAUAUCAAGAUCUGGUCUUGGCUGCCGGAUUUCGUGCCACAAGACCUCAAAGACCGCAAGCCCGACCCGAACACUCUUACCUGGGGCUUGCCACAGGCCAUGGUCGAGAAGUCGAACUGUGACCUUGACAAGGCUUUUUUCAACCAGAAACUGGUGAUGAACUUGGACUUCUGUGGUGAUACCGCCGGCAACGAGUAUCUGUGGGCGGAGUCCUGCCAGGCCGCUACCCGUACUGCUAACUGCACGGCUUACGUUGGCGCCAAUCCCGAUGCUUUUAACAACUAUUUCUUCAAGGUCCAAAACAUUACCGUUUAUACAAAGCAGGACCAGGCUUCGUCGACGUCUUCACUCUGUAUCCACCACGAGCUCAUCAUCCAGCAGCUCAUCGACAUCGUCAGUGGUCUCAAGCACAUCUUCCACACUGCUACAAGUGCUAGUGUCACCGAAACAUCUUCCUCAUCCACGGAGACUGAUGACUGCGAUGAGCCCACUGGAACUAGCUCAACCGAGGCUAUCUCUAGUACCAGCACUGAGACCAUUACUAUCACCAACUGCCCUGGCAAAGGCCACGUUACGACCGAGAUCAUCGCCAUCUCCACCACCGUCUGCCCAGUCACCGAGACUGAGAAGCCGGGUUCCAAGCCUACUUCCACACAGUCGGUGCCGGAGUCACUGCCGGGGUACGUGACAUCUACGAUUCUCGUUACGACUACAUACACGAUCACGUCUUGCAAGCCGACCGUUACCAACUGCCCGGUUGGAAAGGUGACUUCCGAGGUUCUGACAACCACGACGGUCUGCCCCGCCAGUGAGCUAGCCACCGAAUCAUUCACCACCAAGACGAAGACGAUUCAGGCUACUCUGACUGUGACCAAGCCCAAGUCAUCAUCUCUGAGCCCCGAGGUCCCGUCCUCGAGCGUGGAGGUCAUCUACUACACCGCCACUGUGGUGCCGAAGCCCAGCGGUAGUUCAGUCGCAUCCGCCGUCAGCAGCGCCGAAUCUUACUCUUCACCCGCCCAAAGGACCGCUACCUCCGGUGUCGCCUCGGCGUCUGCAGCGCCCACUACGGGCUGCAGCGGUGCAGAGUGCAUUCCGGUUACGGCUGGUGCCAAUGUGAAGGGCGCAAGCCUAGGCCUCAUGGUUGUGGCGGUUCUCUUUGUCUUUGCUCUGUAA